AGAAGGAACGACUAAAAUCAACUUGAAGUACAUUCGGAUUAUUUAUUUUAUGAUGGCAGCUGCUGGCAGUGCGCGCUGGCAUAAUGCUCUCAAGCUCGCCCUGCAGAAGGAAGAAGGGAUGAAAAAUGCCUUUCAGCUCGCAACUACCGACGUUAAUAACGCUACUCCAUACGUUCGCAGCCAUAUCCUCAGGGACCACAUCAUCCACCCAUCCUUGCCUUCUCUGCCCCUGCUCCUCACAAGCACAGACAUCCGUACUGCAAAGAUCACUCAGAUCAAGUCCAAUCCUAACCAUCGCGUAGAAGCGCACUUCUGGAUCAAAGCCACGAACGAGCAAUUCCGCGUCUCUGGGCGUGCGGCUAUCUACCCCUCACCUAACCAUAAGGAGAAAAAAGGAAUUGAGGGCGUGGGAGAGGUGUAUGAUGCAUUCCGGAGUCAGGGGUGGGACUGGGAGGACGAGCGGCGGAAGCAAUUUGAUAGUGUCGGUGCGCAUAUGCGCGCAUCCUGGUGCCGGCCUAUCCCGGGUUCCCCCAUAGACUCUUACAGCGAUGCAGAGAAGUGGCCUGUCAAGGUUGCGAAACCCGGAGAGGAAGGAUAUGACGCUAAGAAUUACGAGGAGGCCCGAGGAAACUUUGCUUUAAUUCUGAUUGACCCCGUUGAAGUCGACUAUGUCGAACUGGGAGUUAUGCCUAACCGGAGGACGAAGUUCGUUAAACAGGAAUCGGAUGACGAGAGAUGGAAGGAGGUGAUAUUGGUCCCAUAAUCUCCACCUGGACGUCAAUCUAUUAGACUCGGGAAGCAGAAAACGCUGUUACAAGGAAAAUUCCAGAAUUAUCUGGGACCAUAGACCGUCUCUAGCACAACAUGUACGAUACCAUUAGAAGCACAUCAUGCGCCUGUGAAUUCAACAGAAGUCAAGCACUUGGUAUAACUCGACGCCUCUGAUGGCUUCGUUCUACAGGAUAUGUAAUUUACCCAGCCCGUCUUCCAAUUCAGUACAGAUCGCCCUUAUCGUCCAAUGAGCUUAAUCUCGAGCGCACGCAGCGGAGGGUAAGUGACAGCCGAGAAAGCAGCUGCGAGCUCGAACCCAAGAUCAGCGCCGUACGCUGCUCCUGCCAUCUUACCAAGCGG